AUGUCAGGUAGUACUGAUAAACAUUUGGAUUCCACUUUAAUCACCUGGUUUCAGCAAAUUCGUGACAGAGGUGAUCCAAUUUCUGAACCGAUAUUAAAAGAGAAAGCUCUUCUUUUAAGCCAGCAUCUUAAUCCUGCUUCUAAUUUUAAAACUCUUGCCUUGAGUACAGAAGCAGAAGUUUCAGGACGGAAGGAACACAAAGAGCGCAUAACAGCCCUCUUUUGCUCUAACGCGCAAGGAAGUCAUCGAAUUCCGAUAUUAGUUGUCGGGAAAUCAUGUACAUCUAGGUGUUUAAAGAACUUAGUUACACCCGCGAUGAAAGAAAAUCGCCUAAAAUAUUUUGAAAGUCUUGGAGUGAUAUACACUCAUCAGAACAGUUCCUGGAUGGACCGGCAAAUAUUUAUGCUGUGGUAUAAGCAGAUAUUUAUCCCGUUUGUAAAGGAACACCAAAAACAAACAGGUGUGGCGGGAAUCGUCACUUUGAUUUUAGACAAUGCUCCAUCGCAUCCGAGUGAAAAGGAGCUGAAUGCCGUGGAUAAAAUUUUCAACGUUCAAUUUUUGCCGCCAAAUGUAACGGCGAAAGCGUGGGAAAUUUUAGAUGAGUCUAGACUACACAAAGUUUGGAGAUCAAUUUUAGGUGAUUCGUUCAUUAACGAUCAAAAUCGUUCUACUGCCUCCAAUAAUAAAGGCUUAGAGUCUUCAACAACUCCUGUUAACGAGGAAUUGUCAAAUCAGCAAGAGUUUAGCGAUCAGAAUCACUUCAAUGACAACGGUUUGCAGGCUUCAGCAACUCCUCUGGAGAAGGAAUCAUUGAAUUUUCCCGAAGGCUUUGGAGAACGAAUUGUUAAUAUCUUCACAAAUUCGUAUUUCUCAAUACACGAGUCAAGAAAACAUCUUUUACAAUGGUUACAUGAAGACGAAAAAGAUGAUUGUGGGUGGGAGCCUAUGACGGAUGAGAUGAUAAUAAAGUUGGUAACUACUGGAAUAGUUGAAACAACUAACAUUGCAAACGAAGUAGAAGAGACGAAUAAAAGUGAAAAUUUGCAAACUAAAAUUUCACACUCACAAGCACUUGAAAGUCUCCAACUAUUGAAGACUUAUAUGGAAAAUAAAUGUGAAAGCGAGUUCCACGCAGAACAACGACUGUAA